CGGUCGGUCACACGCGUUUGUAGGCACAUAAUGCAUCGGCAGAACCCUCCUGCGGUCAUCAUUCCACUGUAACCUCCUUUUCGGUUUGGUCGUGUAUUUGUGCAGUGGCAACAGCGCUCGCGCGUCUUGUAUGUAUAACCAGUUCGUUUCGCGGCUCUUUUGCAUAACAAAAUCAAAACAAUAAUAUUGCAUUGAAUACGCGCGGAAUCAUUGUUUCAAUCGUCCGAACCCCUUCGUAAUAACAAUAUUAUUAUACGGCUGGCUGGAUGGUGCGCCGAACGGCAAACAGCGCGUCAUACAACGUCCGUUCAUAAUAUUAUGAUAUUAUUGUGCUAUAAAAUAUCAUAAUACCUAUAUAUCGUCACCGAUUCAACGUAUAAGGUUUUUUUUUUCUGAAAUGACGUCAUCGGGGUUAAUCACGUCAGAUACAAUGAUUACUUUGAUGUUACUGUUGGCUAUGCUACACACCGGAUUGUCGGCCAAAAGCGGAUAUGAAGAAGUGGAAAAAAAUUUACUUAAGAAAUUAGGUAUAACCCGGAGAACUGUAGUAGAUAAAAAUAUAAAGAUACCAUCUUCCACAAUGGAAUUGUAUAAAUCCAUGCUAGAAGAAAACAAUGCAAUGACAACGCAUUUUUCUCUUCCUGGUUUGCACACAGCGUCAGCCAAUACUGCUAGGAUUUAUCCCAACAAAGGAUCAGCUCCAAUUAAAACUAAGUCUAAGAAAUAUAGGCUACAGUUCGAUAUAGAUUCUAUACCAGAAAAACACCAGGUUAAAGCUGCUGAAGUUCGUUUUCCAAUAAAAUACGAUAAAGUACUACGGAAUGGAGAAUUUAUUCAUGUGAUUUUACAUGAUAUAGUCCAACCUGGCGAGAAAGGCCUAUCAAAACCUAUUCUCAGAAUUAUUGAUUCGAAAUCAAUUAAUAUGUCAACGAUUUCAAUGACCGAAAGUUUUGACGUAACACCAUUUAUAGAAAGAUUGUUAAAGAACAAUUUCAAAGAAAACCAUGGUAUACUAGUACAAUGCGUCACAGAGUCUGGUAGUCACACACAUUUGCUGAGCGUGUUUGAUUUUGUAUCACCUGAAAAUACAUUGCUAUUGGUCUACACCGAUGACGGAACAAGCGAGAAGAGCUCGCUGGAACGGAUGAUGCAGCGGAGUAAACGAUCGGUUAACGCUCCGGCACAGCCGCGGAAGACAGGGAAAUCGUCAAGCUGCAGGCGGCAUUCGAUGUAUGUAGAUUUCAAAGAAAUCGGGUUCGGCGAUUGGAUCGAUGCGCCGCCGGGAUACGAAGCGUUCUACUGCCAUGGGGACUGCGCGUUCCCGUUGGCCGAUCACGUGAACGGGUCCAACCACGCGAUAAUGCAGAUGCUGUUAAACGCAUUUAAUUUGGUGAAAGUUCCGCGGGUGUGCUGCGUACCGACCAAGCUGAGGACGCAGUCGUUGAUUUACAAAGACGACGAUGGCAUUUUGCAGAUGAAAAACUAUCCGGAGAUGACCGUGGCCGAGUGCGGAUGUAGAUGAGGGCGAUGCGGCGGUGGUAUUUAGCGACAGUUAUUUUAUAAUAAUGUACUAUAAGAAUAAUUAAUACAUUAGAAGUGAAUAAUAUUAUCUCAAAUAUGAAAGGUCACUCGGCCCCUAAUAAAGAUUGAAUAUCAAUCAACGUAGUUAAACAUUUUAAAGAAUCAAUACCAGAGAUAUUACCACAUAUAUUUAAUACAAUAAUAUGGGAAGGUACCACACCAUAUUCUUUUUAAAGUGCCAUAGUCACUCCCAUUUAUAAAAACGGUGAUAAAAAACUAAUUAAUUAUUACAGAGCGAUAAGCUUUUUAAAUAUUUGUUCAAAAAUGUUUGACUUUUAAAUUACCUACUUAGAAGAAAAUAAUAUCCUACCUUAAUCUCAAUAUGGAUUUAGGAAAAAUCUAGGAACAGAAGAUGUCUUAGCAAGGUUUUCCGUGGUUAUUUAUAGUGACUUAAAAAAUAAUAAAAAAGACAUUAUGAAUUUCCCUAGUCCUCAGUAAAGCUUUCGACACCAUUUCUCGUAAAUCGUUAUUAUUUAUACUUUAAUCUAUAGGUAUAAUUAAUAAGCCAUUGAAAUUAUUAGAAUCUUAUUUGCAUAAUAGUAAACAAUAAGUGAGUAUGAACAACACACUUAACAAUGAAGUUACUGCAAUUACAACGGGGGUUCCUCAAGAAACAGUAAUAUCACCUAUUAUAUAUUAUACACAUAUGUCUCUUCAUUAGAUAAUUUAAAUUUUCACGGUAAAUUAUUUUCUUAUGCAUACGAUACCGCCAUUCUUACAUCAGGGGACAAUUGGGACGAAGUUAACCCAAAAAUGUAGUAUAGUAGUAUAUUAGUGUAGUAUUAGUAGUUAGCAGGCACUUGAUAAAUGCAUGGUUUCUUAAACAUAAUUUAAGAAUAAAUUACAGUACUUUUACAUAGACAAAAGAACGCAACCCAAUUAAAAUUCAUGAUAUAGAUUGUAGAUUAAAGGUUUUACAUAUUUUGAUCAACACCUCAAAUGGGAUACACACAUAAAUAACACAAUAAUGAAACUACGAAAAAUGCACUAUCUGUUUAUUAACGCAAGAAAUUCCUAAAUAACCAGGCUCUACAUUUAAUACACUUUUUUGCAUGACACAAUUAACAAGAGGUUAGAUUAGGCACAAGAACUUUAUCUGUGUUCAUAUGUUGGUUUUUUACGAUUAUUCAUUUUUUAACAUAUAUACACACAUAUAAAUACACAUGUCAAACAUUUCAUUUUUGCAUUAAUAACGUGUUAGUCAUAAUGUACAUAGAUAAUUACAAGUAAAUAUUUACAAAAGGACAUGAUUAUAAAAAGUACAAAACAAAUAUAAUUUAGUUUUAAUCAUGAUCCUUGUGUCUUAGACAUAUUUAUAUAAAAAAGAACUAACACGAAUUCUCAUUACUGGUAUUGCUAAUCCUACUAUUUCAAUUAAUAAUUUAUAUUCUGUCUUCGUUGUUUUUUUUUUUAAUGGUAUUGCAUACUGUAUUUUAAUAAAUAUUAUUAUUAUGUAAGUAUAAAAAUGUAUUUGCAAUAUAUUAUAUUAUACAUCGUAGUUUAUAUUUUUUAUUAUUUUGAUAGCCGUUUAUCACAACUAGUAUCAGUGUGACACGAUUCACAAUUAAUGUACUUAGGUCAUACUUACUAGUUUAUUACUUAAGUAUAUUAUUAAGAAAAAAUUGUAUUGACAUUCAUAGAAAAAAAAAUUGAAAAUGUCUAUAAAUAACUCAUAACAAGUUAAAUUAUUUUUAUAAUGUAUUUUAUAAUGUAUUUAAAGUGAAAAUAAAAACAUCUGGUAUA